AUGUCACCCACGGCGGAUCCGACAAGGAGAGGCGACUCCGUUGAAGGUGCGAACGAGACAUCGCCACUACUCGCUGCACCUGAGUUUACCGUAACGAGGAGCGAGAAUGGAAAGGCGAUUCCAUCAGAUGCCAACGGCAAGGCCAGCAACCAUGGCACCAUCAACCGGCAUGACUCCCAAGAAGAAGCAGAAGCAGAAGCAGAAGCAGGAGAAGAAGAGAAGCCAAUGCCUUAUGUCCAAAUCCUGCUACUCUGCUACGCCAGUCUUUCGGAGCCGGUCGCAUACUUUUCCAUCUUCCCCUUCAUCAACGAGAUGAUCUCUCGGACUGGCGAUAUCCCGGAAGAGAACGUCGGAUUCUGGGCGGGGAUCAUUGAGUCUCUCUUCUCCCUCGUGCAAAUGCUCCUGAUGAUCUUUUACGGAAGACUCGCGGAUCGGUUAGGACGAAAGCCCGUGCUUGUGUUUUCGUUGGCGGGAGUGAGCGUCGCCUCGGCUCUAUUUGGAUUGAGUACGAGUCUUUGGCAGAUGAUCUUCUUCAGGUGCUUCGCCGGCGUAUUCGCGGGGACGGUGGUCACCAUGCGGACGAUGAUCAGCGAAAACUGUACCAAAUUGACACAGGGAAGGGCUUUCAGUUGGUACAUGUUCACGAGAAAUCUGGGUAUUUUCGUGGGACCUUUGAUUGGUAUGUGGAGAUCAUCUGGGGCUGGCUAAUGGGGAUAGUAUCAGACUGAUGAUAUACAGGUGGUGCGCUGGCAAAUCCUGCUACCCAAUUCCCAGGGGUGUUCGGCCACAUCCAAUUCUUCAAGGACUUCCCAUAUGCCUUGGCAAGUUUCGUCGCUGGAGCGAUGUGUUUGACCGGCAUGUUGUCCAGCUUGUUUGGCUUGAAAGAGGUGAGUGUAUGAUGCAGACCCCGAAAAAGCGUACACUAACAUCAUCCAAAGACCCUCAAGAAACACGACUUCGCCAGCGGCAAACUCGAACCUCCCAUGUCCACCUGGGAAGUCCUCAAAGCUCCAGGCGUCAUCACUGUCCUCUACAUCUUCAGCCACACCAUGCUUCUCGCCCUGGCUUACACAGCCGUCAUGCCCACUUUCCUGUUCACUCGCAUCGAACUGGGUGGCAUCGGAUUCGGUCCCGACUUCAUCUCCUACGCCAUCGCCUUGGCAGGAGCUUCGCAGGCUCUCUGGAUGCUACUGGUAUUCCCUCCACUACAGAGGAAAAUCGGAACUGGAAAUCUCCUGAGAGCGUGUGCCAUCUUUUGGCCUGUGUUUAUGGCGGCCUCGCCGAUCUACAACGAACUUUUGAGACAUGGAUUCAAUACUGCUUUUUGGGUUAUUGCACCACUCUUCUCGGUCCUAGGCAGUGGGGUUUCGAUGGCUUUCGGUGAGUCACGCCGGUCUACUCUGUCCUGGAUGAGAUUUUUUUCUUGCGCGCGGCUGUCUGGCUGACUACGAUCAUUAGCAUGCGUGCAGCUUUGCCUCAACGACAUCUCGCCAUCACCUACAGUUCUCGCCACAGUCAACGCCCUGGCCCUCACUCUGAAUUCCGGCGUGAGAGCCGUCGCGCCAGCUCUCUUCAACAGUAUCUUCGCCACUGGCAUCAGGAUCCACUGGGCAGACGGACACCUCGUAUGGUUCAUCCUCGUCGCCCUCGCACUCCUUCUCAACGUCCCGGUCUGCUAUCUACCCGAAGCAGCAGAAGGGAGACCAAUCAAGCAGAAGAAACCAAGCCCAGAAGAAGCAGAAGGAGAAACUAUACACUAG